ACGACACCCAAAUACUUCGUGUAUCGUUCACCCGAAUACUUCGUGCCAAAGUUAAUCAUCCAAAACCAGCUCCUUCACCUGCCAAUUAAAAUGAAAUAUCAUUAGGAUAUUGGCAUACCCAGCUCAAAAAUGUGCAAUGGCUGCUCCUUGCAGCCCAUUAACCACACAGAAAACAAGUAAUGGAUCCUGCAAUCAUCUGAUAUACUUAAAAGGAACAAUUUCAAUUUCAAAAUAAAUAACAGUCCAACUUAUUGCAACAUCAAAAUAGUUGGUAAAAAGGAAGGAUUUCAUCUUCCUAGUUUGUCAUGCUUGAUUUGUUGAGGAUGGAAGGGCCAUUCCAAUGGCAUCGCCUUGGUCCACACAAAGAAGGUAUGUCUAUGGGACAAUAACCCUUUCCUUAUCUCCACCUGUAUCGCAAAGCGCUUCUACCAAAUGGCGCCUCCUCCGCCUUCCAUCUUCACUCACAAAUAACCCUCUCCUCAGCUCCAUUUCCUCUUGCAAGGCGUUUCUCUCACCCUUCUUUCCGCCGAAUGGCCUCCUCCGCCUUCCAUCUCUUCCCGCCACCAAACUCCCGCCUUCCUCAACCCCACCCUUCCCGCCAAAAACUUCCCGCUACCCCAUUCCGCGGCCCCCGCUGCACCUCCUCCUCCCCUUCCAUUGGAAACCCUGACCCUGCCUCGGACUCGAAUCCUACCCUUGAAGCUAACCAAUCGGAGGAAUUGCCGGACCUCCCGCCGGCGGCCAUCACUACCUCCUUCGAGAUCGAGAAGCGGCGGAAGUCGGCGAUCCUCCGCGAACCCGGGCGGCAGUCCGGUCUGCAGAGACCGGAGCCGCCCAACUUCGAGAUCGGGUGGAAGCGGACCAAGGAGAUCAAGAUCGAGAAGCCCAAGGGGUGGGAGAUCGCGGACUUCCUGGAGAAGCUGGAGGGGCUGAUGGCGCGUGGGCGGUUCGGGACCGCGGAGCUGCUGGCGAAGACCGGGGAGAUCGUGGCGGAGCGGGCGCGGGAGGAGGCGGAGGUGCUGCAGGCCGGCGGCGAGGUGGAGGAGCGGAUGGUCACGGAGCUGCACCGCGUGCUGCGCCUCAUGGAGAUGGACCUGGCCAUGGUGCGGGCCGCCGUCAAGGAGGAGACGCUCGCGGAGCGGAUCGAGCAGGCCCGCGCCCGGUGCCGCCAGGCCAUCCUGGUGGCCCUCUCCUUUUGAAACAGAAUGAGGUUGAGAUCAGCAUUACCCAAGCGCGCAAACUGUUUGUUCAAAUGCUCGAAAGGGAGUGAGCUCGCUAUAUUGUUGUGAUGGAACGUAUAAUCAAUCACUUGAUCA